UCUUGAAGUGCAUUUGGUGUGUCUUUUUGGUUUCGUCCGCACAAUCAAAUGGAGAUGCUGCAACUUAAAUACCACAAGGACGGGCAGGCUCCUUCUAUUCUUUUUCUAUUCCAAACUUGAUUAGCCUUUUUGGUCAUUCUGAAGGAAAGACGUAUCAUUCGCAAGACAUUAUUCUUGUUUUCAUGUUUAUUACUCGCGUACUCGAGCAGACUACCUAUCUUGAAGGAUUCAGAAAGUCAAUGGGUGUUACUCAUUGGUCGAGGUCCAAGACCCAGUCACGUGGUCUGAGAGCUACUCCAGGAAAUGUGUCCAAAGGAACUUAAGAUAGGUUGGUACACAUUCAAUCUGACCACUUUUCAACGACACUGUCGACGCACUCUCCUUUUUAAAUUACGACUCUUGCAGCGCGAUUGUUUUCCUCUUUUUCAUUGCUGGUGUACAAUUACGAAAAUAAUUCCGGAAAGCGCCAUUGGAAAGCUCCAGUCCUAAGUGCUUAGCCUCUUCAAGAUGGUCCGCCUUAGGGAAAUCCCACGAACUGCGGCUUUUGCGUGGUCACCAGGAGCUGAAGUGCCCUUGGUCGUGACUGGCACACGAGCUGGAGCAGUAGACGCUGACUUCUCUGAUGAGACAAAAUUGGAGCUUUGGGAUUUGAGCCUGGAUAAUCUGGAGCAGGGUGUUGAGCUUCAGCCGGUUGCCAGCAUCAGCACAGAUUCAAGGUAGCUACCCUCGGAUUGCCCCAAAAGCAAAGCACUUCAUAACUAAACACCGCUUUCAGAUUCCAUGAUAUUGCAUGGGCACCCGCGAGCGCCGAACACCCAAGAGGAAUAAUUGCUGGAGCACUCGAGAAUGGAUCCUUGGACUUGUGGGAUGCGGAGAAGCUUUUGAAGGGGGCCGAAGAUGCCUUCAUGUCACGAACAUCGAAGCACACUGGCGCAAUCAAGUCUCUUCAAUUCAAUCCUCUAAAGCCACAGGUUCUUGCGACGGCUGGCGCAAAGGGAGAGUUGUUUGUUUAUGACGUAAACGAUAUCGCGAACCCAUUCAGACUCGGCACAGCUGCGGCACGUUCAGAUGAUCUCGAGUGCGUAGCAUGGAAUAGAAAGGUUCCGCAUAUUCUUGCGACUGGAGGAAGUGGUGGUUUUGUCACGGUCUGGGACUUGAAGACAAAGAAAGCAUCACUCACUUUGAACAACAACCGAAAGGCUGUUGGAGCAAUCGCUUGGGAUCCAAAUAAUGCUACUAAGCUCCUCACGGCAACCCCAGACGAUUCGAGUCCAGUAAUCUUGCUAUGGGAUCUCCGAAAUUCGAACGCCCCAGAACGUACACUCCAAGGGCACGACCAAGGUAUCCUCUCCCUCUCGUGGUGUCAACAGGACAGUGAUCUUUUGUUAUCUUGUGGAAAAGACAACAAGACUAUUGUAUGGAACCCUCAGACUGAAGAGCGUUUUGGAGAAUUUCCAGAAGUCACCAACUGGACUUUUCAGACUAGAUUCAAUCCUCACAAUCCUGCUUUAUCUGCUACAGCCUCUUUUGAUGGUAAGAUUGCUAUUCAGACAUUGCAAAACACAAACCCCGCAGCUACGCAAACUCCAGUACAAGGGCCCGUCGAUGGAGAGGAUUUCUUCACCAAGGCACAAACACAACCGCAAGGAGCUUCAUUUUCGUUGCACAAAGCACCAAAAUGGCUCGAACGACCAGCAGGUGCCUCUUUUGGGUUCGGCGGCAAGAUUGUGAGCUUCAGUCUACCUUCAGACGCUUCAGGCAAGCCACGAUCUUCCAAGAUUCAAAUUUCCAAUUUCUCAGUUGAUUCGGAUGUCGGCUUAGCUACAGAAGCCUUUGAAAAGGCCCUCCUUGCUGGCAACAUUAGCAGUAUUUGUGAAUCUCACAUCGAGCAAGCAAAGUCAGAGGAAGAAAAAGCAGACUGGAAAGUUAUCGAGACAUUGGUGGCUGAGAAUCCUCGAAAAAAGGUAACGAUAUAUCUUGGAUUCACAGAGGAGGCCGCCAACGGGGAGGUCAAAGAUGAAGAGUCUGAGAAGACUGAGGAGCCUAGCGAUGAGGCCAAUGGCCGCAAAGGCAGUCGUUUGUCUGGCUUUUUCGCUGAUGGCGGCGAGGGCGAGGGUGAGGACUUCUUGUCCAACCUAGCUGCUACCAAGGGUGCAAAAACAGAUAACCCAUUCCAUCUAUACGCCGACACUGAUAGCGCCUCGGAGAAGCAAAUAACCAAGGCUAUUAUGCUUGGUCAAUUUGAAAAGGCCAUGACAAUUUGUAUUAAAGAGGAUCGUAUUGCCGAUGCUUUGAUCAUUGCAAAUUGUGGCGGCAAGGAACUCCUUGAAAAGGCACAAUCUGCCUAUCUAGCUCGUAAGACUGAUGGGCCAAAUUACCUUCGCCUCCUUUCUUCGGUAAUUGGCAAGAACCUCUGGGAUGUCGUUUAUAAUGCAGAUCUCUCCAACUGGAAGGAGUCGAUGGCUGCCCUUUGCACCUAUGCAACUCCUGAAGAGUUUCCUGAUCUUUGCGAGGCUCUUGGUGACCGAAUCAUUGAGAGUGGUUCUUCCAAAGACGCUUCCUUCUGUUAUCUUGUUGGUUCCAAACUCGAGAAGGUCAUCAAUAUCUGGAUCACUGAGUUGCAGGAGGAAGAGAAGACCGGUAUCAAGGAACUUACAGGGGAUUCGAGCUUCUCGGUGCAUGCGCGUUCCCUUCAAAACUUUAUUGAGAAGGUUACCGUUUUCCGAGAUGUUACCAAGUUCCAAGACAGCGAGCAAGGAUUGACUUCGGGUUGGAAGCUUGCCCAAUUGUAUGAUAAAUAUACCGAGUAUGCUGACAUCGUCGCUGCUCAUGGUCAUUUGUCGAUUGCAGAAAGAUAUCUGGAUCUUUUGCCGACCAAGUAUCCUGCUGCUGAGGUGGCCCGAAACCGUGUGAAGCUUGCUUCUAGGAAAAGUGUGGCUAAACCAGCUCGUCAAGAACUACCAACCGCCACGAGACCUCCAGCUCGUGCCCAACCUGGUUACCAGCCAAACAUCGUCAACUCAUCUGCCCCGGUGCCGCCUCGCCCAGGAAACGCAUACGCACCACCAAAUCCAGUGACUCCUGCUCAAAACCCCUAUGCUCCACCCACCAAUGCAUACAAUCCUCAAGUAGGUUAUCAGCAACCUCAGUCACAAGCAGGAUACAGUGCACCGGCGUAUGGUCAAGUUUACGGAGCUCCUCCACCCAAUUCGUUUGGUGGUCCACCACGAAAUACCACUCCAUCAUCUACAGCACCACCACCACCAAAAGCAAAGGAGUGGGUCAACUGGAACGACACCCCAAUGGUAUCCAAACCAACACCAGCCAAGCGGAGCACUCCUGUUCCCGUUGGGAACUCGCCAUUUGCUCCACAACAGCAAAAUACUGCUAUACCUCCGCCGCCAUUCUCUUCGCGAACAACUGCUACUCCACCCCCACCACCCAAAGGACCUGCUCGUAUGACGUCGCCACCAAUGGCUGGUUCUCAAUCAUUGCAGGGUCCUCCAUCCAGACCAUCCUCUGCUGCAAACUUGUACGCCCCAUCACAAGGAAGUCAACCACCUCAACAGCAGUAUCACGGUGCUCCCCCUCCAACAAUUCCUCGAGGACCAUCGCCAUAUAAUCAGCCUCCAGCUGCGGCACCUCCACCAAGCAGAUAUGCACCAUCGCCCGCACAACAACAGUAUUCACAGCCACCACCCCCACAAUCCCAUUUGGCACCUCCUCCCCCAGCGGGUAGUAGACCCCCACCAUCUGCGAACCCUUAUGCGCCACAAGUAAACGCUCCUGGCCAAUAUGCUCCAUCGCAAUCUCCAUACCAGAGCCAGCCACCCCCACAAUCUUUCCCAGGACAAGGUCCACCUCAAUCUCAAGGACCACCGCAGGGACCACCACAAGGGCCUCCUCAGGGACCUCCUCGGGGUUCCAGAUCACCCACAGGACCUCCAAGAGCAUCUCCAGCUCCAGCAGCUGCGCCGGCCAAGGCAAAGCACCCAGCUGGUGACCGAUCUCACAUUCCUGCCACAGCUCAACGCUUGGUAGAGAUUUUCAGUAAUGACAUGCAGCGAGUUGCUUCCAAAGCACCGCCAUCAUUUUCUGCACAGGUUAAGGAUACCCAAAAGCGACUCAAUAUUUUAUUUGAUCAUCUGAACAAUGAGGAAUUGGUGAAACCAGAUACCAUUGAAAGGUUGAAUGAACUUUCCGAAGCCCUUCUCUCCAAAAACUAUGAUGUUGCAUCAAAGAUACAAGUAGACAUUCAACGUGAGAAGACCGAAGAGUGCGGAAACUGGAUGGUAAGUCACUGAAUCGAAUGCGUUUAUACCCUGCUAAUGAAUUAUUCUAGGUUGGUGUUAAGCGAUUAGUUAGCAUGAGCAAGGUUACUCCAUAGGUUGUUGAAAAUGAUGGUGUUAGGUCAGGACGAGCCGAAGGCUAUCAUGGCACAUGUAUGAACAGGCUCGGGGUUUGUAGAAAAGAAAGAAAGAUUCUAAGCGAGUCUCUUAUUCGUAUACUUUUUUACCAUUGUGCAAGUGACUUGAUUUAUAGUAAGG